UAUCGGUUGUGCAUCUCAAAUGUCAAAUUGUUUGGGCGAGGUUUUAUUGUUUGUUUACAAAUAAUGAUGUAGCAAAUACACCGUUAUUAACGUGUAGAAGCAUCAAAAUGGCUUUGGCGAAUAUUGCUGAAGAGUAUUUUAGUUCUUUAAAUCCAAUGGCAGCAAGACUCUCUACUGAUCUUAAAGAAAUCAAAAGCACUUAUGAAAAUCUUUGGGAAACCUUUUCGGAAGAUGAAAAGCAGCAAAUUUUAACUGAAAGUAUUAUAAAGUCCGACGUUUUAAUUAAGUACAAGUCUAAACAAAACCACGUCAAAAAUGAAUAUGCUAUGAAAAUAGUUGUUGAUGAUCAUUGCUCAUACAGAGACGAACAUUCUGCACCAUUUAGUUUUAGGACACAAAGCCAAAGAAAUCUCAACAUUUUCCAAAGUGAAAAGUCCAAAGGAAAAAAAAUCGUCGAACCCAAUUCAAGUAUUCUACAAAAGCCAAAGCCUGCACCUGCUCAAGAUUUAGGAGAUAUUUUUUUUGAAAUGAACGAUGAUACAAUUACAGUAGAAGUUAAUACUGGACUUCCAAAGACUGGACUUGACUUUUUAGAUAAUUGGUAAGGUGUUGUAUUUGGUUGAGUUUAUACACAUCCCUGGAGUCCCCGAGCCUUCCUUUUCUUGUGUGUUUCAUAAUUUACCUAACAAACUGGUCCCUGUAAAGGGGUAGAAUUUUAUUUGCUAACAUUGGAAAGUUUUUCUUAACGCUCCAUGACAAGAAAGAGGGAUAAGAUAUUGUUUAUAAAACUGGUCUUGAGCCUCCCUCAUAUAAGGAGGCCUCGAGGAAUAACCCUAGGGAACUAUAGCUCUUACUCUCUCUUUUGGUUUGUGUUCAUUUCAUAAAAUAUAUUUAUUUGUGUUAAGUAAUGCAAAAUUUGUUAAACAGUGGGCAUAUUAAAUUUUAUUUAAGGAAA